GUUCAAUACUUCGAUUUUGGUAGUUUGUUAACCUAGGAUUUGCAGAAUAUGAGUGAUAAACCUCCAAGGACUGUUCAGCAGAAGAUUGAGCAAAAGAGGGCAGAACUAGAAUACUUACAGGAAAUACACAAGAUAACAGAUGUGCUAACGAAUCAACUUGAUGAUCUUGAUUCAAAACUAGAAGUGAUGUCAGAUGGUGCAGAAAGUGCUGCAUUGGUGCUAUCUAAUUGGCAGAAUGUUGUGAAAUCGGUUUCGUUGGCCUCGUUGGGGUUGAUGAAGUAUACGGCCAAGGAUUAUGAGACGCAGACACCAUUACCUGAAUGUUUGGUAAGAAUAAAAUUAGAUAAAGACGAUCCCAUCGAUAAUGAAAACGCUGACAGGUCAGAGCUGGAACUUGAGCCUUCUGAAGCAGACUUUACGAAUGAAUAGCUUUUUCUCUCGCUUCUACAAAUCCAAAAUUCCUGUACUAUAUGAUGUACUUUUAUUAAAAAUUAAUAUACAGAAACACAAGUAUG